UUGUCAAGGGACUGAAGAUCUGGCAAGCACGGUGUCCACAUGAACCUCGUAGACUAUUAAGUUGUCAGUGUUUUGUUGGAGACAGCAGUUGAUGUGGUCUGCUCUCUACAGUCAGUUGCGGAGGAAGUGAGCGUACGUGCUCGGACAAUUAAGCAGUGCAUGGCGUGUGGUUUGAUUGCACCGCGGUACCGCGUGGAUGAUUGAAGACCCGUUUUGCAGGAGGCGACGGGUUGGAUGCAGUAGAAGGCACGGGGGCUUGAGUAGGACAUAAUGAUACACCGAUGACGGCCCGAUAAGGUUUGAGCGUCUGCUGUGAUAUCAUCAAAGACUUCGCAAAAAUGAGUACGUUUCAAUACGACGUCUCGUCACUGUACGACCUGACGGACGCCUUCUCUCAGCCCAUUUACUUCGAGAUCUUCAUCUCUCUGACCCUCUGGACGCUCUGGUUCCUGGCCGUGGUGGGUAACAUCUUGGUUAUCAUCAUCUUCGUGCGGGACCGCGUCCUGCGUAACAAGGUGGCCAAUCGCUACAUCCUGAAUCUAGCAGUGGCCGACCUGUUGGUUGGUCUCAAUUCUCUGACUAUCAAGAACAUCUGGCGCUACUACGGCAACUGGCCCUUCGGAGAGUUCGUCUGCAAGAUGUACGUUAUAUUGGACUACUCGGCGGUCUGCCAGUCUGCUUUUGCCAUCAUGCUGAUCAGUUUUGAUCGCUACCUGCUCGUCACCAAGGAGCUUGCCUACGGCAAGUACCAGACCAAGCGGACGGGAUGGAUCUUAAUCAGCACCACCUGGACCGUUUCCCUGAUUCUCUUCGGCCUGCCGGUCCUGCUUUACGAACCCCUAACCGAGGAUCCUAUCAUCAAGCCCUACCACAUCACCUGUUACUUGGAGGUCAGCUAUCUGACGGACUACAACGUCGCCAUUUUGGUCUUGACGUUCAUCAUCCCGGUAACGACCUUAGUGUUCUUCAACCUGUCCGUGUUCGUCAACAUCUACCGGAGAUCGCGCGGAUUGGUGCGCAGCCGGACGCUGACUCUCCCCGAGUCGACGAGUAACUCCGUGGACGAGCAGUGGGCUAGCCCCAGAGCCCGGCAAGGUCCCGGCCCGCUCCCAGACCUGAACCCCACCUCAGACCCCGGCGGCGGUGGCGCUGCGGUGUCACCGGGGAACAGCGUGCGACUACCCGAGGGAAGCACCCGCAAAGCCCCGCAGAAGAUGCUUUCCUACCGGCGCCACUACAAGGCCGCCGUCACCUUGACCCUCCUGGUGAGUAUGUUUCUGCUCUGCGCCACGCCUCUCUUCGUUUUCAAGUGCAUGUUGGCAUUCAGUGGCAACGACCAUGACUGGAUCUGGUGGAACAUGGUCGACUACAUGACUUGGGCCAACAGUGCUCUCAACCCGUUCCUUUACGCCGUCACCAACCCAAGAAUCCGGGCGGGCUACAAGAGCAUUUUAUGCUUCUGGCGGAAAACCCCACCAGCUCGAACACUGGUGUUAUAACUAACUCCCUCGAGUAUGAUACUAAGUCUGAUGGUUUGGAACACCCAAAAGUAAACAAAUUGACAUUGCUCUUACUGUGCAGCUCACAUAAAUAUUGUCCCUUGCGGAAUAGGUUAAAUCACAAGAAAACAUUCCGUCGUAAGAGUCACCCUGUUUUGAAUUUAAUAUUAAUGUCAAAUUUUUGUUAUUGUCUAAAGCACUACUUGGUGGAAACCGGAGAAUACAAGUUCAGAUUGGAACAAAAUACAUGAAUGCAGCGCCACAUGU